GCUGCGGGCUCCGCGCGCUCAGAAACAUGCUGAGGUCCCGGCAGCUGUUCCAGCAGCGACAGCGGCUCCAGCAGCAGCGGCGGCGGCGGCGGCGGCGACAGCGCACGGCUCCGGCGGGGAAGGCGCCCGGCGCCCAUGCCUCCGGCCCAGCGCCGCGGCUGUCCUGACCUGGCCGCGACCUCCCUCCGCGCGCCCCGCCGCCCGGGCCUCUGGGGGGUUCCCCAACCGCGGCCCAACUCCGCCACACCCCCCUCCCCCGGCCUCCGCAGCUCGGCAUGGGCGCGGGGGCGCUCGCCCUGGGCGCCUCCGAGCCCCGCAACCUGUCCACCGCCGCGCCGCUCCCCGACGGCGCGGCCACGGCGGCGCGGCUGCUAGUGCCCGCGUCGCCGCCCGCCUCGCUGCUGACCCCCGCCAGCGAGGGAUCCGCGCCGCUGUCGCAGCAGUGGACGGCCGGCAUGGGCCUGCUGAUGGCGCUCAUCGUGCUGCUCAUCGUGGCGGGCAACGUGCUGGUGAUCGUGGCCAUCGCCAAGACGCCGCGGCUGCAGACGCUCACCAACCUCUUCAUCAUGUCCCUGGCCAGCGCCGACCUGGUCAUGGGUGCUGUGGUGCCGUUCGGGGCCACCAUCGUGGUGUGGGGCCGCUGGGAGUACGGCUCCUUCUUCUUCUGCGAGCUCUGGACCUCGGUGGACGUGCUGUGCGUGACGGCCAGCAUCGAGACCCUGUGUGUCAUCGCCCUGGACCGCUAUCUCGCCAUCACAUCGCCCUUCCGCUACCAGAGCCUGUUGACCCGCGCGCGGGCGCGGGCCCUCGUGUGCACCGUGUGGGCCAUCUCGGCCCUGGUGUCCUUCCUGCCCAUCCUCAUGCACUGGUGGCGGGCCGAGGGCGACGAGGCGCGCCGCUGCUACAACGACCCCAAAUGCUGCGAUUUCGUCACCAACCGAGCCUACGCCAUAGCCUCGUCCGUCGUCUCCUUCUACGUGCCCCUGUGCAUCAUGGCCUUCGUGUACCUGCUGGUGUUCCGCGAGGCCCAGAAGCAGGUGAAGAAGAUCGACAGCUGCGAGCGCCGCUUCCUCAGCGGCCCCACGCGGCCGCCCUCGCCCUCGCCCGCGCCCUCGCCCGGGCCCCGCUCCCGGCCGCCGCCGCCCCCGGUGGCCAACGGGCGCGCCAGCAAGCGGCGGCUCCUCGCGCCUCGUGGCCUGCGCGAGCAGAAGGCGCUCACGCUGGGCAUCAUCAUGGGCGUGUUCACGCUCUGCUGGCUGCCCUUCUUCCUGGCCAACGUGGUGAAGGCCUUCCACCGCGACCUGGUGCCCGACAGCCUCUUCGUCUUCUUCAACUGGCUGGGCUACGCCAACUCGGCCUUCAACCCCAUCAUCUACUGCCGCGGCCCCGACUUCCGCAAGGCCUUCCAGCGCCUGCUCUGCUGCGCGCGCCGGGCCGCCCGCGGGAGCCACGCGGCCGCCGGAGACCCGCCGCGCGCCUCGGGCUGCCUGGCGGUGGCCGGGCCGCCGCCGUCGCCCGGGGCCGCCUCAGACGACGACGACGACGACGUCGGGGCCGCGCCGCCGCGCCUGCUGGAGCCCUGGGCCGGCUACAACGGUGGGGCGGCGGCCGACAGCGACUCGAGCCUGGACGAGCCGAGCCGCCCGGGCUGUGCCUCGGAUUCCAAGGUGUAGGGCCGGGCGCCCCUCCCCGCCUCCCCGCCUCCCCAGCCCGGGCGCGGGCUCUGCGCCCCGGGAGGAAGAGAGCCCGGGCGCCCCUGAAUGGCUUCCUGGAGGAAGAGGAGAUUUGUGUUUACUCAAGACCGAAAGCAGGUGAAUUC